CCGUAGGGAGUCUGACACUGCGGAAGCUGGUGAUAGCGUUUCAGGGAGUGUCUGGUCCGUCCCAUUAUGAAAAAGUGCGUAGGGAAGGAAAUAUCUGGUGUCACUCCUCGAUCCUUGUUCAUCGUCAACCUGUCGACUCUCCUCUGUCAACAAAAUGUCUGCACAAGCCCUGUCCAGUGCUAACACGGCGUUCUGCCUGGAUUUGCUGAAGAAGUUCUGCGAUAAUGACAAGACAUCCAACGUCUUCUACUCUCCAUUCAGCAUCUCCUCGGCUCUGGCGAUGGUGAUGCUGGGCGCUCGCGGUAAUACCCUCUCACAGAUGUCAGAGGCCCUCUGCGUCAGUAAGGCAAAAAUGUCAGAGCCUCAAAUGGCUGAAGAAAUGCAGCAGGUCCAACACCGCCUGCCACCUUGUCUUCAGCGGAAGGCUCUGAAAACAGUGGAGUGUCAAGAGGUUCACCAGUCCUUUGGUGAUCUGCUGAAGGAACUCCACAACAAAGAUGCCUCGUACGAACUGAGUGUUGCCAACCGCCUCUAUGGAGAGCAGUCCUACGAGUUUGUUCAGGACUUCUUGGAAAACUCCAAAAAAUUCUACCGUGCUGAACUGGAGUGUGUGGACUUCAUCGAAAAUUACGAGGCAGCCAGACUCAACAUCAACAGCUGGGUGGAGGCAGAGACAAAUAGCAAAAUUAAGGACCUGCUGGCUCAAGGGGUGCUGGACGGUUUGACCCGACUGGUGCUGGUGAAUGCCAUCUACUUCAAAGGCAACUGGGACAAGAAGUUCAAGGAGAACCACACAUCCGAGCGCCCAUUCAAAAUCACCAAGAACAACACGAAACCAGUGAAAAUGAUGAACCAAAAAGCCAAGUUUCCUUUCACCUAUAUCCCGGAGGUGAAUUGCCAGGUGUUGGAGCUGCCUUACGUGGGGAAGAGUCUGAGCAUGCUCAUCUUUCUUCCCAAUGAAAAGGAGGAAAUGGAGGAUGGCUCAACUGGCUUGGAGGAGCUUGAAAGGGAGUUGAAUAAUGACACUUUUGCUGAGUGGACUCGCCCUGACAUGAUGGAUGAAGUGGAAGUCCAGGUCAGCCUGCCGAGAUUCAAAUUGGAGGAAACAUACGACAUGAAAAAUGUCCUGAUCAGCAUGGGAAUGGUCGAUGCAUUUGACGUGGCAAAAAGCAAUUUCUCCGGAAUGUCCAAGAACAAUGAUCUGUCGGUGUCCAAGGUUGUUCACAAGGCUUUUGUGGAUGUGAAUGAGGAGGGAACUGAAGCCGCUGCUGCCACUGCAGUAGUCAUGAUGCUACGCUGUCACAGGCCUUCAGAACGCUUCAAUGCAGAUCAUCCUUUCCUCUUCUUUAUUCGACACAAUCCAUCCAAGAGCGUUCUGUUUGCUGGUCGCUUCUGCACACCAGUGUGAGCGUGGAUCUGUUUCAUGCCAGCUUUUCGUCGUACUUCUGUCAACGCGUUAAAAUGCUUGUGCAAUAUCAAUUCCUGAAUAUCGCCAUGUGUGGAGCGGCUUGUGCCAGAAACCAUCUUAUCAUGCAACACAUUCAAAAGUGCCUUUCCUAUUAAACUGAAAAACCCAUAUUGAUCCGGCAGAAAACAUUUCUUGCAGUAACCAAAGAGCCAAACAUAUGUGUUGGUCGUAUAAUACUGAAGGAUCUGUGCAAUUGUAUACGCUUCUAUUAAACGCUGAGGAAGAGUUUACAUGAAAGUAAAUGUAGAGCUUGUAAUGCAUUUAUAGUGUGAAAUAAAAGCGUGCUCUGAA